AUGGAUCCUGUAACCGCGCUCGGACUCGCCUGCAACGUCGUUACCCUCGUCGAACAGGGUAUAGAAGCUGCGGCUGUGUGCAAAGAACUCUACGAGCGAGGGUCACUGGAUGAGAACAACAACAUUGAGAGAUACGCCGAUGGCCUUGCAGCAGCGAACAAUGAGUUACGGGCAGUCCUCAAAUCUCACGCCACGACACGUGCAACUAGGCUGCAGCAAAUUGCGCAGGAUGCGUCCAAGAUAGCCGCUGAUCUCAAAACGGAGCUCAACAAGCUCAAACUGUCCAAGAGUAUUGGCAAUAGACGAACAGGGAGCGCAUUCAAGACGACGCUGAAGACAAUCUUCAAGAAGGGGACAAUCGACAAGCUCCUAAAGACCUUGGAGAAGCAAGAGGCUGCGUUGCAGGCUGGCCUUCUGAAAGAACUCUAG